GUUUAAAAUGGUAACUACAAUUGGCAGAUUAUUUUGCCUGGCGCUUGUUUUAUAUAUCUUGCCGAAGCCGACGUUUUCGCAGAAGGGAACGACAAAAAAAUUCUCUAUUCUAUACGAAUUUUCUUAUUUGGAAUUUGAUUAUUCCUCAAGUCGAUAUAGAGAAGCUGCCAUCAAAUCUGGUGAAUAUAUACCAGGAAAACUUGCUCCAAUCGACACUGACGCGUAUUUCAAUCCAAAAACCAACCAAAAAACAACGUUUAUCACAAUUCCCAGAUUUCAAGACGGCGUACCUGCUACGUUAGGAACCGUAUUUAAAAAUAGUAGCGGAUAUCCUAUCAUUAAACCGUAUCCUUCUUGGGAUUGGUUCAAAAAUCCUACAUCUUGCAACAAACAGAGGAUUGUAUCAGUUUACAGGAUCAUGGUAGAUUCGUGUGAACGAUUAUGGGUAAUGGAUGGAGCACAGAUUGGAGAAAAAGUGGCGUGUCCACCACAAAUAAUGGCUUUCGAUUUGAAAACGGAUAAAUUGAUAAGUACAUAUGAAUUACCGCAGGAUCAGUGGACCGAAAACUCGACAUUUGUAACUCCAAUUAUUGACAUUGUGAAUCGUAAAAAUAGAUGCGAAAACACUUUUGUUUAUAUGGCCGAUUGUACUGGUUAUUCACUAGUCGUAUACGAUCACAAAAAAAGAAUUUCUUGGAUUGUCAAAGACGAAACAAUGAAACCGGAUCCAGAUUUCGAAACGUUCUCUAUUGCAGGUCAAUCGUUUCAAUUACAGGACGGAAUAUUAGGUUUAGCUUUAGCUCCAAGUGUUCCCGUAUACGGAAAACGUUUAUUCUAUCACGCCAUGUCGAGUGAAAUCGAAACUUGGGUCAGAACUUCCGAUCUACAGAACCAGCAGCUUUUUACUGACAGUCAAACUUCAUAUUCCCACAUUUUUUACACCUUCAAAGGUACACGCCAUACGCAAAGCGCAGCCGAAGCUAUAGAUAAAGAUGGAGUUUUAUAUUUUGGUUUAAUGUCGAAUAUAUCAGUGGGUUGUUUUGAUACGAGAGGCGAAUACGGCUUACCGGGGAAUUAUUCAGAUGUAGUAGCUCGUAAUGAGGAAACUUUACAGUUCAUUAGUGGCGCCAAAGUAAUAGCCCAGUCCCCAGACGUCGAAUAUCUACAAAUAAUAUCCUCCAGGUUCCAGAAAGUUGCUACAGAUACUUUGAACCCUGCUGAAAUUAAUUUUAGAAUACAAACAGCUUGUGUGAGGAAUUUGAAAGUUGGUACUAAAUGCGAUCGAAAAUAUAACGGAAACAAAUAUACGUCGAAAAUGGUUACAGCAGAUAACUGGUUUCAAAAUUGGCAUCCGCCUGCUCUAAUCACCGAUCACCAACCGAUACAAACCCCAUUAGAUUUCGGAAAUUUCAGUGCUGGAUACGACUACGGCUUCAAAACAACGAAGGUUCCUGAAUUUGGACCCAACACGUUUUUGACUUAUCUCAUGUCACUUAGUGUCGCGAGACCACAAACUUCAAAUUUUGCAAUUCCAGACUCACCAACGCAAAGAUUUAUAAACAGAAACACACCGGUACCAUUAGAAACAACUGGUCCUUUCAAAACUUGGUACUAUUGGAGUACUUUGGAUUUUGCUUAUCCAACUAGAGUUGAUAGAGAAAUUGCCAUAGCAAAUAAGGAAUUUAUUCCAGAAAAUAAUCUUCCCUUAGGUUUAGAAAUUUAUGGAGAUCGUAUUUUUGUUUCCAUGCCUAAAUGGAAACCAGGAGUACCGGCUACGUUAGCAGUUAUACCGAAAGUACCAAGGGAAGCAUCUCCAAAACUGGUACCUUAUCCAAAUUGGGAAUGGCAUAAUGGUGGUUUUUGCGACAGCAUCACAUCAGUUUUCCGAAUGGAAGCUGACACGUGCGGUCGUCUUUGGGUACUAGAUAGCGGCCUUAUUGACGUAACCAUCGAUCCCAAGCAAGUUUGCCCUCCAAAAAUUCUAGUAUUCGAUUUGAAAACCGAUAAAUUACUUUUAAAAUAUGAAUUACCAAAAGAAUUUAUUAAACAAGACGGUUUGUAUUCAAAUAUUAUUGUCGAUGUGCGGGACGAUUGUCGAAGUGCCCACGCUUAUUUAGCAGACGUUUGGAGAUUUGGAAUAGUUGUUUUCAGUUUGGAAAAGAUGAGAUCUUGGAGGGUGACCGAUCAUUUGUUUUAUCCGGAACCUCUAGCAGCAGCAUACAAGGUUCAUAAUUUGGAUUUUGAAUGGACGGAUGGGAUUUUUGGUAUGUCUCUGAGUCCGUAUUAUUCACCCAAUGAAGAUAGGAUUUUAUUUUUCAAUCCAAUGUCCAGUUUUAGAGAAUUCUAUGUUAGAACUUCAGUUAUUCGCAAUGAGACCGGUUGGGCAGAUAUUAAGGAAGCUUUUAGACCAAUUGGGCAAAGUAGAGGAAAAUCGGGACAUAUGUCGGCUUCAAGAAUCGAUCAAAAUGGUGUAAUGUUUUACAAUUUGGUAACUAGGGAUUCUGUAGGUUGUUGGGAUAUAAGGAAACCUUAUAAACGAGCCAAUUUAGGCGUUGUGGCUAAGGAUAAUGAAAAGUUGGUGUUUCCUAAUGACCUAAAAAUCGAUAAAGAAAGGAGACAAAGCGUUUGGGUAUUGAGUAAUAAGUUGCCAUUUUAUCUUUACGCAAAAUUAGAUCCGAAUGAUAUUAAUUUUAGAAUUUUGUCGGCUUAUGUCGAUGAGUCUACGAAAAAUACAAUUUGUGAUCCUAGUUUUAGUUAUUACGAUACAUUCGAAGAAUAUGUAGGAGAUAACGAUUGUUAUUAAAUAUAAUUUUUGCAAUUA